AGAGAGAAAUGCCGAACGCGUCCACGUGACAGGACGGGGCGGGGCAGUAAAAGAGGAAAGGCAUGGGCGGCUGCGCGCGGGGCUGGGCUUGCCUCGCGGCUCCCGCGGCGCGAGGAUGGGGGCCCUGGCGGGCCUGGCUCCGUCUCCAUGGCAACGGCGAGGCGGCGGCCUGCUGCGGGCGGCGCGCCAAGGGCAGCGGCGGAGACCCCUUCGCGGGGGCCCGGCGGCGGCAGCAGGAGGACUGGAGGCACCGCAACAAGACGGUGCUGACGUACCUGGCGGCCGGCGUCGUGGGCGUGGCGGGCAUGUCCUACGCGGCCGUGCCCCUUUACCGCCUCUACUGCCAGGCUACUGGACUUGGAGGGUCAGCGGUGGCAGGCCAUGGUUCAGGAGAGAUUGAGACAAUGGUACCUGUUAAAGAUCGCAUCAUUAAGGUUACCUUCAAUGCAGAUGUACAUGCAAGCCUUCAGUGGAAUUUCAGACCUCAGCAGACUGAAGUAUAUGUGGUUCCAGGAGAGACCGCACUGGCAUUUUAUAAAGCAAAGAAUCCCACUGAUAAACCAAUAAUUGGAAUCUCUACCUACAAUGUGGUACCUUUUGAAGCUGGGCAGUAUUUCAACAAGAUACAAUGUUUUUGUUUUGAAGAACAACGACUUAAUCCCCACGAAGAAGUGGACAUGCCAGUAUUCUUCUUCAUUGAUCCUGAAUUUGCAGAAGACCCAAGGAUGGCCAAUGUUGACUUGAUCACUCUUUCUUACACAUUUUUUGAAGCAAAAGAAGGACAGAAACUGCCACUCCCGGGUUAUAACUAAUAGUACAGCAG